AUGGGGGACUCCUCUGAAAGAGGCGGUGGAAGCUACUUCCCCGGCUCCCGGUCACCAACGCCGGGAAUGUCAACGUCGAGAGCACACUCGCCUUCCCCGCGUGGGAAUUCGCCUUCGUGGGGCAACAGCAACGGUAACAACAAUAGCAGAAUAAACGGCGGGGGUAUAGGGGUUAAUGGGGCGGCGAAUGGGUAUCCUUCGUUCGGCGCACGCAAGUUCCUGGGGAAGCAUCUGCGGAAACUGUCGACAUCGCUGCCUACGUACUCGCCAGUCUCGCCGGCCUUCUCGGCAACGCCUUCUACGCCUCACCGGUAUUCGUCUGGCGCUUUUGGACGGGCGCGGGGAUUGUUUCUGCGACGGUCGAGAGGCACGACUGUGAUACUGCUGCUUGUGGCGGUAGUAUUGUUCGUGUUUACGUAUGUGCACCACAACCCAGUUAGCAGCAAAAUCCGCAAUGUUUCAGGAGGCAGUAAGGUUGUUAUCAUUUUAGCAGCCAAUCAGGGCGGUGGAGUGAUGACGUGGAAGGGCGCAAAGGAGUGGGCGGUAGAGAGGGACUCCAUUGCGAACAAGAAGGCGUAUGCGGAGCGCUGGGGAUACCACUUGGAGAUCAAGGACAUGAGCACAAAAAAGAGGUAUGCGCAUGAAUGGAGAGAGAGUUGGGAGAAGGUCGAUGUCAUCAAGCAGACGAUGAGGCAGUAUCCUAAGGCUGAGUGGUUCUGGUGGAUGGAUCUCCACACGUUCAUCAUGGAGCCCUCAAUCUCACUACACUCGCAUAUCUUCAAGCACAUGCAGAACGUCACCUACCGGGAUAUCAAUGUCUACAACCCUCUCAAGAUCACUCACCCACCGUCCAAGGAAGAAUUCUUCUACCUCGAUGAGGCCGCCCUCAGUCCGGUUGGCGACGACAAAGCUGAGAGCAUCAAUCUCAUUGUCCCACAGGACUGUGGUGGCUUCAACCUAGGUAGCUUUCUCAUCAAACGAAGCGAGUGGAGUGAGCGCCUACUCGAUAUAUGGUGGGACCCGGUUGGCUAUGAGCAGAAGCACAUGGAGUGGGAACACAAAGAACAAGACGCUCUGGAGUACUUGUACACCAAUCAGCCCUGGAUCCGUACUGGAACAGCCUUCAUCCCGCAGCGAAUGAUCAACUCUUUCCCUCCAGGUGCAUGCGCAGACACCCCCAAUGACCCGCGCAUUUUCUACGACGAGAAAGACCGCGACUUUGUCGUCAACAUGGCAGGAUGCGAGUGGGGGCGGGACUGCUGGGGCGAGAUGACGCACUACAGGCAGCUCAGCGAGAAGCUGAAUAGCGGCUGGUGGAGGAAAAGCUUCGGCUAG